UUCUCCCACCGCCCCUUUUCUUCUCUCUUCUCGGGCUCCUUCGCUUCGAAGUACUCCGAAUCCAAUCCCAAGCCCCCCACCUCUCUCCUAAUUCUAAACUAGCAUCUUUACUGUUCCCAUAAUUGCGUCCGGCUCCCUCUCCACUCCGCCUCGGCCUCCUCUUUUUAUGGGCAAACGGCUCCCCUCGGCGAAGAACCUUGAGGAGUUUGCCCGAGUCGCCACCGAGGGGAUUAGGAGGGCCAAGCACGCGAAGCGCGCCCUCAGAUCGCUGGCUUCGAACAAGGAGGCCGCCGCCCGGGCGAGCGCCGAGGGUCCACGCCCGGCGGUGCAGAGCAUGGAGAACGGAGAGCGGGAGGAGCGCCGCGUUCCCCUGUCGGAGGUGGUGUCAGACUGCGUGAGGAGGUGGUUCCAGGACGCGCUCAGGGAGGCGAAGAACGGGGACGCGGCGAUGCAGGUGCUGGUGGGCCAGAUGUACCACAGUGGCUACGGCUGCCCGCGGAACGAACAAAAGGGAAAAGCUUGGAUCGCAAAAGCAUCAAAGUAUCGAUCAGCGGUUUGGAAGGUCAGCGACAAGCAUCCAGGUUAUAAUGCUAGUGACUCGGAUACUGAUGAGGUGAAGGAUGAUGUCAAGUGAUGAACACAUGCAAUUUGAAUCUACAACAAAUAUGAAAGAUGUCUGGUUUUUUCAGUGGGAAAUGUGUGCCUGUUCUGUGGCUGCAGAUUUCCAGAUCUACUGUUUUUGAGUUAAUCCAGUGUGUAUCAGUCAGCAUGCUCCCAUUAAGUAAACAGAAUUCUUUUACAGAUCAUAAUCAACUUGUGCUGUUGUGAUCAUCUUCUGAUAUCCCUUUUUUGGACACAGAGAUGUUACUUCAUCUCAUUUUUGUUGAAUGCACAAACAUUUUUUUAAGCUGUCAAAGUUUUUUUGUCAUU